ACACCACCUACAGACAAACGAAUGAACCGCUUGGUUAAACAGCUGAUUUUCAACACGUGUGUUGGAAAUUUUUCGGAGUUUUACAAUAAUUAUACAUUAACAUGUUAUAGACAAUACAUAAUACUCGCGCAUAUAAGGAAGAUAGUUAAGAUCUGAAACGUAAGACAAUGGGACAAGAUAGAAAUUCCGAAACUGACUUGAUAGAAAAUAUUAAUACUAUAUGUUUUCAAACUAAAAAACAGAAAAAGCAUGAAUGCACUUAUCCUGGUUGUAAAGCAAUUUUUUAUAGACCAUCCCGAUUAGCCAGACAUGUCAGACUUCACACUGGAGAGAAAAGCCAUAAAUGUAAUUAUCCAAACUGUGAUAAAGCUUAUACAAAUUCUUCCCACUUGAAACGUCAUAUGGAGACUCAUAACACAACAAAAACUAUAUUUCAGUGUACAGAGUGUUCAUUGUUUAUUGUUCAUCGGCAUAAUUUAAAGCGCCAUUAUAGAACACAACAUGACCGUGGCAAAUUAACUUGUAAAAUAUGUAAUGAGUCUUUCACAAAAAAGUACCAGCUUGCUACACAUAUGGCAACACAUGGUUCAGUAUCAUAUAUCUGUGAGAAAUGUGGCAAAAGUUUUAUAAGUAAUCCAAAAUUAAAGAGGCACAGGGAAAUUCAUGAAAAACGAUAUCCAUGUACUGUGCCAGGGUGUAAUGAAGUUUUAGAGAAAUGGUUACUUCUUCGUGCUCAUUUAAAAACUCAGCAUGUAAAAACUCAUAAAUGUACAGAUUGUGAUAAAGUAUUUCUAUUUAAAUCUCAUUUAAAAACGCACUCCCAAGUUCAUAUGAAACACAGAUUAGUUUUAUCUUGUCCGUAUGACAAAUGUCCACGAGUUUAUUGCUUUCAAAAAAAUUUGGAUCAGCAUAUACGAGUUCACCAUUUAGAACAGAAGUACGAGUGCGACAUAUGCAAACUAAAGAUUUCAUCAAAAGCAAAAUUAAAAAAUCACAUUCAGAACUCACACGUGUUAGUAAAGCGAAUAAAAAAGACUAGAAAAUCGCAGCGUAAAAGAAAAGAUGUUGGAUUACCAAAAAGAAGUAUGGUAUCUAAAUUGACUGGAGUGAUAUUACCACCACAAGUAGAAAAGGUAAUAUUAGAACGAGAAGACGUGCGUAGCUCAGAAACAUAUGAAACUGUAUUAAACACAGACUCAGAUUUGUAAUCCACAAAUUUGUAUACAAUAAAAAAAGUUUAUAGUAACUCGUUUAUAUUUAUUCUUCCUAAUUUGCAAAUAAAUUUAUGUCUUAAAAUAUUAGAUAAAGUUAAAAACACCGCUUUUAUUUUUAUUUUGCUGCAAAUAAUGAAUUGUGACUGGCAUAUAAUUAUAGUGCAGUAACAUGGGAAUAAUUGAUUAUAUUUGAAGUACAACUUGUAAUUUUAUAUAGAUAUAAAAACAACAGAAGAAAACAUUUCAUUGUCAAAGUUAUAAAAUUAAAUAUGUUAUUACUUCAUUAGUAAAAUGUUAAUGAGUAUUCUAAGCAGUGGAUACUCAUAUUAUCCGAAUAUAGUAAGUAUCCUUAUUAAUAUUAUUUGAAGAUAUUCAAACGGUCAUUAAAUAUCUUUUUGAAUGUAAAUUACAUUUGUAUUUGAAGGAUAUUAAUAAAAUGUCUUAAUAGUUUCUGUUUAUUAACUGUGAAUUUGAGCGACCGUUUAAACUUACAUUUUUAAUCUUUUAUUACUUUCUCGUAACUUUAAAAAUUCAAACAAUAAUCCAGGUACUUGAUCAGGUAACGGAUAUUACUUGCAUUAUUUGUACUAUUCAAAUAUUAUUUUUUGUAAUAUCCGGAUAGUAUGAAUAUCUAAAUAUGAACACCCGUAUCGUUCCGCAAAAUUUGGAACACUUAUGCUUCUACCGGAAGUACUGUAUAAAUACAGAAUAUAACCAUGCAAAAUACUUUUUAAUUCCAUUGUUAUAAAUAAAGUAAGAAAAUAUUGAUCAUGGAAA